AGCAGAGGCCUCGAGCCUCACCAGAUGCCUUGAGAGCCAAGUUUUCCCCUACGUCGACUCGGCCAUCGCGGCCUUGCCGAAAGACAGAGUGAAUACGCUCGAAAUUGGAAAGCGAAUCAUAGCAAUCUUGACCGGCCCGGAAUUCACGACUGAAUACAAACGCGGCAAUGGGAGGCUCAGUGCGGAGUACGAAGCCAAGUUGGCCCUACGCGCGUCCAUGGAAGCGCGGUCGCUCUCCACCCAGACUUUCUACCAGUUGCCCCCGCUCAACCCGGUAUCCUCAGCGCCGCUACCCAGUCCGAUCGGUCCGCGCGUUGCAUAUCGCCCCGCGUCAAGCCUAGCUGACUCAACGACACCGACGCCCCCCCGGUACUCGUCGUCGCCAAUUCCGCUACCGACUAUACCUCGCCAGUCGCCUUCAAAAGUGCUCGGGGUGCAGAAUGGCGUCACGGAUUCACAGAGACGGAAUUCUCUAGCCCCCACCAGUCCUUCCAAAGCAGAAAAGACCAUCAUCAUCAUCGAUGACGAUGACGAGGACAAGGUUCCGUUGGAGAGGCCCGUGGCCGUAGAGGAGCCAGUGAUUACUAAACCUACAAAGCCCCCGGCCGUCGCUCUUGAGAAGCCCGCGGCUGCACCUAUUCAGAAGCCCACGGCUACCACUCUCCAGAAGCCCGCGGCUGUCCCUCUCGAGAAGCCCGUGGCUGCACCUCUCGAGAAGCCCACGGCUACCCCUCUCGAGAAGCCCGCGGCUGCACCUCUCCAGAAACCCACGGCUACCCCUCUCGUGAAGCAUGCGGCUAGCCCUCUCCAGAAGCCUGCGGCUGCCAUUUCUGAGAAAUCUACGUUGAAUCCCCGAGCCCAGCAACCAUACAUUACAGCAGCGGAGAGGGCGCAGAUUCUGAGCGGCGCUCGCCGACCGGUUCUGCUGGGCGCCUCCUCCCUUCUCUCUCCAGCCACUUUCCACGCUGACUUCACAUUGGAUGAAGUCAGAUAUCUCAGGGCUUUGACCCGGAAAACCUUGGGGCUUUCGACCGACAAGGUGGUGAAGGACCCAUUGAGGGACCUGGAGAAAAUGCUGAAAAGGAAUCAAAGUCACAUCUCGAGGAUCUUAGAUGCAGUGGCACACGAGAGGAGACUCCCCUCCAGGAGGAGGACCGAUCUGGACAAGUUUUUCCGAGAUGUCAUUGGCCGCAAGACCAGGCCAGACCCAGCUCUGCUCCGCAUUCAGCGGGACAACCGCGAUCGGCGGGUCGAUUUGGCCAAGACCAGCCGAGUCCAGGCUCUCCUCCAUGCCCGAGAGAUCCACGGGCAAAGGGGUUUUGGGGCUAUGAGGCGCCUUGUCCACUUCAAUAACGAGUUCCGCAAGUCUCGCGAGGAGUCACUGGAGCUGAGAGCCGAAUGGACGGGUUGUGCUGGUGACAUUGCGACUAUCACCUGGGUCUCGAAUGACGGCUUCAUUUGCGGCACAACCGAGCACUCGGACUCUCAUAACCAACAGUACAAUAAGCCGGGAAACCUCGUCUUAGGUUCUUGUAGCCUGGGUACACUCCGCGCCUACCCUGACCAUCGAAUCGUCCGUCCAAUUGUCACUAAGGGGGAAAACUCGACUGAAGCGAUGAGGCAGAGUCAAGACCCAUGGCUUUACUCCUCGGUAGUCUCAUCCGACUACGAUGCCGUUCACGCCCGGGCUUUUACCUCAGGAUUCGACAGAUCGGUAAAAAUCUGGCAAGUUGAACCAUCUGGGGCUUCCAUGAGUCUCUUGGGCGAGUGGAAACAUGGUGGAAACGUGAACUUUGUCGCUGCAUCCAAGCAUGCAUCCGGCUUGGUCGCUACAGCCGCGGAUGUAGCAGUGGAUGCUGUCCGUAUCUACAGCAUCAACGAAGACAACAUUUCGAAAAGCUCGUUCCGAUCUUAUUCUUGCUCCCGCGUUACGGACGCCGAAGGGAAUACGGUUUCGACGGAAAAAUGGGCCUACUACCCUGCUACAAUGCAGUGGGGCCUUUCUGAAGACGUGAAGCAUUUGCUUCUGGUAGGAUAUUCGCCAAGAAGCCGAACGGAUGAUGAUAAUGACAUCCCCGAAGACCGGCGAGAUACCGGAGAGCUGUGUUUGUGGGAUGGUCUCACAGGCGAGAGAUGGCGGAUAACUUCCGCUACGACUCAAAAUGUAUUUGAAGUUCUCUGGCACCCUAGCCAGCCGAGCUUCAUUGCAGCCACAUCGCCUUUGGGCCUUGACCUGGAGCCUAGUGUGCGAACACAGAUCCGGAUAUUCCGUCCCGCUGACAAGGCCGAAUACGGUAGCAAAGCAUUCAGCCCCUUCAAGGUUCUAGAUUGCAUGGCUCUGGACAUCAAUGAGCUCAGCAUCAUGCCCAACAGCUACACGUACUGCUAUAUCACCGCAGGGUGCACAGACGGUUGUACAUAUGUCUGGGAUACAGCCAUCAGCGACAAGCCGCUUCACGUCCUUCGUCAUGGCAAGCCUAUCGAUGAGUACCGGGUAGAUAGAGAACGAGAGGAUGUGGGUGUGAAAUUCACCGCCUGGGGUACUACGCCUGAUCGCUUCUACACCGGGUCAUCAGAUGGCAUUGUGAAGGUCUGGAACGUCCGGACACAUGGCAACCCAUUGGUCCGAAACUUGCUUGAGGCUCCCGCACCAAUCACAUCGGGGAUGUUCUCCCCAGACCGGUCAAGGCUUGUGGUUGGGGACGCUAGUGGUCGCGUUUUUAUGCUGUCUCUAGAGGAGGAGGAGCAAAAGCCGGCAUCGUUUGUGCAACUGAGGCUUCAGGGUUCCCGAGAUCUAAAACGAGUCCGGCGUCCGACACCCAUAAUACGACACCCGGAGCCUGCUCCGCCUAGCCACGACGCUGAUGGCAAACCCAUUGAGGUUGAAACUGGCUCUGAAAGAGGGCACUCAUACCUGGAACGCUCGGAGCUUGAACGUCAUCCUAAUCCUACCAUUGGCGUCGUGCAAGGCCCACAGUAUGCCGAUACCGGGCUGUUCCGCCGAGAGGCCCACCUCUACGGCGAUCCGAGCCAACCAUUGCUUGCUACCUGGGAGGUUAAGCAGCAAGAAGCUCAAAAGGGCUUUUCAGGACGGCGGCGGGACCGAUUUGCAGUUCUCCGGCCCAUAGAGAAUUGGGAGAGUGCAGAAGCCCUUCAUUCAAGUAACUUAGGCGUGGAUCAGGCGAUUUGGGUGCCAGAGGAGAUUAAGCAGAGUCUCUCAGGCGAUGGGGUCGAUUUUGACCUUAUGGCAGACUAUAUCCUUGACUAUGAGGAAAUGCCUGUAGAAUACGAUAACUUGCCGGCCUAGUAUUUGUAUUUACUAGAGAAGAGAUGGGCAUCAGACUCGAGUAAAGAUGAUUGC